AUGCAGCGAGCACUAAUGAUUCUCGGUUACAACGACGUCUACCAUGGAUUCGCCAUGGUCGCAAACAUUUGCGAAGUCGAAAUGUGGAUGGAGGGCAUGCACGCGAAGAAAACCCCCCAGCCAGGCCAGCAACCGUUUGGCCGCACAGAAUUCGACCAACUCCUCGGCCACUGCGGAGCCGUUUGGGACAUGCCAGCCAACUUCUUCGGACCCGAGCUGGUGGCAGCGUACCCUGAGUCAAAGGUAGUCCUCGUCGAGCGUGAUAUCGAGGCCUGGUACAAGAGCUUCGACGAGAGUAUCGUGACCGUCGCCUUCAACCCCGUCUGGCGAUUCUUGUCGUGGUUACGAGCCAAGUAUGUGGCCGAGAUUGACGAUAUCACCUUUACGUGGUUGAAGUACACCUUUGGUGCAGAUACAAAGAAGGAAGUCCUCGAGAAGGCUCGGGAUGGGUAUCGAACCCACUACGCGACUAUUCGGAGAGAGACACCCCCUGAUCGGUUGCUCAACUAUAACCUGAGGGACGGGUGGGAACCAUUGUGUGGCUUCUUGGGGAAGCCUAUUCCAGAUGUUCCGUUUCCCCAUGUCAAUGAUCAUGAUGCAUACCACGAAAAGCUUCAUAUCAUCAUCAGAAAGGGUGCGGUCGCAUUUGUGAGGAAGGCGACAUGGGUUGUAAUUUCCGGACUGAUAGGUGUGGUGGCAUAUAAUUUUAGGUGGAGGGAGGGGUUACUGGCAAGUAUUGCAGGAAUUAGCAAGUGA